AGUAUUCUCAUGAAGUAAACAACAGUUGACGCUGUAUAAUAAAACUGGUGUUAGGAAGAUUAGUUUCAUCCUUAUCGCAAUAUCCGUCUAUAAUUGUUGCUUGCAUGUGACUGAAUUAUAGAUAAUGACAGAAAACAUCAACAAAUGAUUACUUUAGCGCCCCCUUUUGACGACACAUUUCAUUUGGAAGAUAUGCCUGUUGAUUUUUCAGACACCCAACUGAUCCUACCAAAUGACGAAGAUGAAGAGAUCGAUGCUGUUGAAUUGCGAACACAUGAAACAAUUAAUAGUAAUGGCAUCAGCAGAAAGACCGCCUAUAUAACAGUGGCAACACUUUUAUUAAUUAAUCUAUUAAAUUAUAUGGAUAGAUUUACUGUUGCAGGUGUGUUAAAAGAUGUUAUAAAAUACUAUGAUCUGACAUUUAGUGAAGCUGGGUUAAUACAAACAUCAUUUAUUUGUAUUUAUAUGGUAUUUUCUCCAAUAUUUGGUUAUUUGGGCGAUAGAUAUACAAGGAAAUAUAUCAUGGCUUGUGGUAUAUCACUGUGGUCAUUAGUUACUCUGGCGUCAUCAUUUGUACCCUCAAAUAGUUUUUAUGGAUUUAUAUUAUUACGUGGGUGUGUUGGUAUUGGUGAAGCAAGUUAUUCUACCAUAGCUCCAACUAUUAUAGCUGAUUUAUUUUCUAAAGGGAUGAGAACUAAGAUGUUAAUGAUAUUUUAUUUUGCUAUACCCGUGGGAAGUGGGUUAGGAUAUAUUAUUGGUUCUAAUGUUGCUAAACUACUAGGAGCAUGGCAGUGGGCAUUACGGGUUACACCGGCAUUGGGAUUAUUAUGUGUUAUAUUAAUCCUGAUCUUCUGUAAAGAACCAGUUAGAGGUAUGGCUGAUGAAGGAGAACAUUUAAGUAAUACAAGUGUUAUGACAGAUAUCAAAGAAUUAGUGAAAUGUAAAUCUUAUGUAUUAUCAACAAUUGGAUUUACAUGUGUAACAUUUGUAGCUGGAGCUUUAGCUUUAUGGGCUCCUGUCUUCAUGUUAGAUGCUACUGAAACACUGGGUCAAUCAACAUCAGAAGAGCAGGUAUCACUGAUAUUUGGUGUUAUAACAGUAGCAGCAGGGUUUAUAGGUGUAGCUGCUGGUGCUGAAUCAGCCAGACGAUAUAAAGUAUACAAUCCUAGAGCCGACCCAUUGAUUUGUGCCCUGGGAAUUCUAGUCUGUGUUCCAUUUCUUUACUUCAGUUUAGUUUUGUCGCAGUAUAACAUAAUGGCGACAUGGAUACUUAUAUUUAUUGGUGAAACUAUGUUAUGUUUAAAUUGGGCGAUAGUAGCUGAUAUGUUAUUGUAUGUAGUUAUACCCACAAGAAGAUCAACAGCAGAGGCAUUCCAAAUAUUGUUAUCCCAUGCAUUUGGUGAUGCUGGUAGUCCAUAUCUCAUUGGUCUGAUUGCUGAUGCAAUAUCAGCAAAACAUGGUUCAACAUCUAAAAGUACACCAGUACAAUAUAAAUCAUUACAAUAUUCACUGUUUACUACAACGUUUGUGUGUGUAAUAGGAGGAGCUUUCUUUCUAGCUACAGCCAUGUUUAUACAAAAAGAUAAGAGAAGAUGUGAACAAAUAACAAAAGGUCUUUUAGAAAGUACAGAAUCGUUAGAUGAUGUAGUAUCUGGAGAGCAUGCUGUAAAGACUAUAUCAAGAGAUAUUCAUGUUAUAACAUGAGAUCUAUUAUUUAUUAAAGCUCAAUAUAUUUAAAUAUUUUUUUACUGUAUGAGAAUGUGUGAUUUAGACAUACAUGUACUAGAAACCACAUUGUCCUGAAAGAAUGGCUGUACCAUAUGAUAUUCUGUUUGUAUGCAAACAUUUUCAUGUGGACAUAAAUUGUUGUCCCACUGUCCGUCCAUCCACAAUUUAUUUGUGGACACUACAGGUCACAAUUUUUAUCCAAUUUUGAUGAAAUUUGAAAUGUAUGUUUAUAAUCCAAAGAUCCCAGUUAUUUCAAUAUUCGCACAUAUCGCCCCAUAACAUCUGGAUUAUAGCCCCUGAUUGUUUACAAAAAAUCGUAUUUUUAACUUUUGGUCCCUCUAGAGGUCACAAUUUUUAUCUGAUUUUUAAAAAACUUUCAAAUAUAUCACCAUUACACCCUAAUUAUGAUUGAGUUUCAAUUUCGGACCAAAACUGUUGAAAUUUAUCACACCAUAAGGAUGGCUGAGUGUGAAUAUCGUGCAAGUCGGACCAAAACUGCCUGACAAAAUGGCUGCUCCCUGCAUGUAAAUAGUGUAAAAGUAUGUAAUAUCAAGGUUCUGGACACUCUAGAGGUCACUUUUUUUUUUUUAUCCCAUUUUGAUGAAACUUAAAAUGUAUGUUUAUAUCCCAUAGAUCUUGGUUCCUUUUGAUAUUGACAUAUGUUGGACCUUAAUAUCCAGGAUUAUGGCCCACUAUUGUAGAAAACCCUUGCAAAAUGUGGGCAUAUCUUGCAUGGCAUUUGUGUGUUGACAUGACUUUUCAUACAGCAAAGAAAUGUACAUCAUAGCAUCGAUGAGUGCAUAACAUGGCAGCUUUCAAAAGCUCCUACAGUACUUGUUAGGAGGGGAGGAAAUUUUGUACAGAAUUAUCAUAUUCCUAAGUCUCUGUUGGUUUUAUUGACUGAAAUAUCUAACAAUUAUUCUAUACAGUACAUGUUUAAUAUAGGCAUUUGAUUAUAUCUUUUAAAUUCAUUUAUACCUGUAAAUAAUAAACCAUAUACCUUUUGUAACUUCAUUUAUAGCAAAUAAUAUGUACAAGUAUAUUUAUAUAAAAAAAAUUAUAAUUUUGCAUGUGUGCUUGAUAUAAUAGAGAUGCAUCAUAGACAAACACAAACUUCAAAUCAGACAAUUGGUAUAUCAAUCUUCCUAACCCAAGAUAAUCAAAGAUUUUGUUCUAAAAUACCAGCCAUAUUUUGUGCCUGGAUACCUAUGUCCAUAUACUUACUGAAGCUAGAGUUGUUAGGGACUGUCCUGACCCGAUUGUCUAUUCACUGAAACUGAGGAUGGUAACCAUAUCAAAUCUGGAGAUCAAUAUUAUGAUUUGAUAAUUUCAGAUAAUUUAAUUGGGGUAUUUCUUCACAUUUUGGUAUUUUAUUUGGCAUAAUUAAAACAGACAUUAUCAAGAGAUACCCAAUGAAAUCUCGGACUGCUCCUUGAAGAGUUUGGGGGGGGUUGGAUGGCUGAAUGGUUAGCACGUGCGUGCUGUAUCUUAAAGUCUGUCAUUGACAAGUACGUGACAAGAAGUAGGGUCGCCUGUCCAACUUCGUGGGUUUUCUCCGGGUCCUCCGGUUUCCUCCCACUGCUAAAGACCCCUACGCGCAAGCGAAUUAUUGAAAUAAAAUUGAACCAUAUGUUAGUCCCGAAAUGACCUGGUUUGUGUCGAGUGGACGUUAAACCUCAUUUCUCUCUCUCUCUUUCUCUUGAAGAGCUUGUAUGCCAAAUGUUUUGUGAACAUUUGAUGUGGAAAGAGUUUAUUAUAUUGGAUGAAAGUAAUUAGAAGAGCAAAACAUAAGAUAAAUUAGUGUUAAUUUAAAGAAUACAAAAAAGCUAAAACUUUUAUCUCAUUAUUAUAAUGGCCGCAUCUCUUAGCAAAAAAAAUCAAAACAGCUUAUUUAUUAAUUGUGGCAAGAUAACUUUGAUCCUAAGUUAUAGAGAGUGAUGAAACUAAGUACUUAAAAAUCUUGACCGAGUUCGAUCGUGAACAAUUUAUGCGUAGACAAAGUAUAGAUAAUCAGUUUUAUGCUCCAUACUUUUCAAAAAGAUAAUUAAUGUGCCAUCUAUUAAUUUUGGGAUUGGAGCUGGGGACAUCGGCCUCACUGUUGGCUUGUUUCUGUUAUUAUUGCAUUGUUUGAAAGUACUCGGGCCAGGUGGUGCCCAUUCGAUCUUCUAAACAUAAUAGGUAUAUAUGUGAAGUUUCUUUUAAAUUUUUUUUAAUAAUAUUCAUAAAAAACAUUUAGAAUCUUGUAACAUUGCAUAAAAUAAAGUCAAGAGUAGUGGAUCAAUAAGUUGUGUUAUAUCACUGUCUAUUCGAUUUCCAAAGUAGUUCAGGUGAUAAUGGUUAGCGUGCGCGCGCUGUAUCAAAGUCUGUCAUUGAGUCAACUGGCAUGGUUUCGAAUCCCCGGUUGUACAUGACAAGGAGUAGGGUCGCCUGUCCAACCUCAUGGGUUUUCUCCGGGUCCUCCGGUUUCCUCCUACUGCUAAAGACCCCUACGCGCAAGCGAAUUAUUGAAAUAAAAUUAAACCAUAUGUUAGUCCCGAAAUGACCUAGUUUGUGUCGAGUGGACGUUAAACCCCAUUUCUCUCUCUCUCUAGUUCAGGUGAUAAUGAAUAACUUAUAACUGAUUGGAUGUUUAUAAGUUUACAAAAGUAAAACAUCGUUCUGGAGUUCAAGUAAAAAAAAACCAUCUUAUUUUAUUGAAGUGUAAGAAGGUAACUACCAUUAUAGUCUCCCCCUAGACCACGAUUUUUCGCCUUAUUUAUUUCUGUUGACGCAUAAGCCAGGUAUAUUAUUUCAACCAUGUAUUUACAAGAGUAUGAGAGGUAUGUAAGAUAAUUGUGAGAGCUGUAUUUUAUUAUUAUCCAAUAAGCUUGUUAUGAUUAAUGUGGUUUUGUUUUCAUUAAAAUUAAAUUCUCAA